UGACAGGCACUGUAGAAUUGAUGCUACUGAAUACCAAUAUAUUGCAGAUUGUCAGUUAAUUUUCACAUAUUAUGUAGAAAUAUUGGAGGAUUCUUUUCGCCGAUGCUUGUGCUUUGUCUGGGAAUAUAAAAGCAACAGUGUACAAUUGUGUUUGAUUAAAUGAAGAUUUCCUGAUUUUUUUAUACACAGACGUAAUGUCACAAUGAGUACAGAUUGACAAGAAAAACGUCCGACUCAUUGGAACGUACCACAGCAGAAAGUUAUGAACAAUCCGAUUCAGUAAAUAUUUCUAUUUUGAGACUCUAGAGAUAGAUAUACGGAAUAAAAAACGUUGAUAGAAAAGAUGUCAGUACGAAAUCAGUACGCAAAUAAUCAUUAUAAAAUAGCGCCACUGCCACUUUCGUCCAAUCAUAUAACAAAUGCAAGAAACGCAGCACGGCAGAGAAACUUGUACCGCCCACCUGACGAUGAACGUGCAAGCGCAACAGAGAACGCAGCCGUUGCUAGUGGGGUAGAGAAAAUAUCAAAUUUUUCAAAUAUCAAAUUCGAAAAAGACACGGACAAUUUAUUCGCAGCUAAAAAAAACGACAAAAUGAAAAGAAAAAAUGAAUUUACGAUGUAUGGUAAACGAGAGUUGAACAAGUUUGUUACAAAUGGUUCGCGCAAUAGAGGAAAGGACUCUUACUUUGCCGAAGGAAAGCAAAGCAAUAUGAAAAAUAAAUUCGCGCAAGGGAAUGUUCCUUUACAGAAAACACAAAAAUCGAGAAAUACACCUACACCGUCUCGACCAAUGUCUGCCAGACCAGAUUCAAGAUGGGAGCGACGCGUUAGAGAUGAAAGUGAGAGUUUCACGGAUGAAGAAUCCGAUGACACUAGUGCCAUUGUUAAAACUGUAUCAGACAAGCAAAAAUUAAAGAUACAAAGAUCUGAUUCUGAUAGCAUGCCUGAAUUACAAGCAAGACCAAAAACGGGUCACGGACGUCACAAAUCAAUUGAUAGUAAUCCGGAAUUAGAACGUAAAGUCGAACAUCGAAAAGAAGAACUUGGGAGGCCUAAGUCUCGUAUUGGUAAGGUGAGGGAGUUUAGAAGAAGCUCAAAUGAAUCUGUUGAUUCGUUGACGGCAUUAAACAAAGACUCAAGAAGUGGUCAGUCAAGCGCAAAAUCUGCUGAAAAUGAUUCUGUUUUUCGCGAAGUUGAUUAUAAUAUUGGAAUAAACACAUUUUAUCCUGAUCUGGCGGAUAAAAUCGACGGCAUUGAUGAUAUAAACUUGCAUAUUGAAGACAUUGACCGCGAUGUUGACCCUGUUUUAUUCUUCAUGCAAGACGUAAACACUAGCCCUGUCACAAGUGCUAAAACAAGAUCUUCCUUAUCGAAAGACGCAAUUAAUAUUAUUACAAAUGAGAAAAAUUCUCGUCAGAUGAUUAAACCCUCAAUCGGUUUCCAAGGCAACAAUCAAAAUAAACGCCAUUCAGUACCUGAAACGAUUGAUCGUUGCCACGGCAACAGAGUUUUAAGUCUGCAAAAUUCAAUAGCAGAAGGCAAUCAGCGUUACUUUAAUAAUGGUAGACAAGAUCGAAUUAAAAGCGAUUCUGGAGAAAAUGUGUACAAAUCAUGGACAAAUACUGUCCAUAUUGAUAAAGCACAAUCUACUAAUGGCGCCAUGAAGCGAGAUAGUGAAGUGGGUAAACAUACGGGCAAUUACGACGCUGGUGUCACACACUCAUACAGCUUGGCAAAUAGGAAACCUAGGAAGCUCAAACCGAUAACUCCAUCAAAUGUGGAGGAAUAAUUUUGUGCCAUAAGGUGUUGAAAAAAAUGCGUUUAUAACGAUUAACAUAUAAUAUAUUCGAUUAACAAGAACGUAUUUGGCUAAUUUUGCACAUUUGCCAUUGUUUCGAUCAAUCUUUAUAUCGGCAGAGUAUAUUAGUUCUAUCAAAAACUGCGUAUAAUCAAUAAGGAUGAAAUCUCUUUGGAUAUUUUGUUAUCUUUUUUAAUUUCUCUUUCUUAUUUUUUGUAAGAUAGAUGUGUUUCUCGACAAGCAUAAUCAUUUUUAUGUGCCAUUUUUCUAUUUUUUACUUAAACCGUAUUUCUUUAGAAUAAUAAUACGUGUAUUUUUUUUUUUUUUUACAAAAUGGUAAAUAAAUUGUUAUUUGACAUAUCCGGCACACGUACUUUAU